CAAGAGGUCCUUGUUCUAAGCAUGGGUGGGAUACUGCUAAAAGAUAGUAUGUGGAACUACUGCAUAAGUGCACCUUCUUGACUCUCUUCACUCCCACUCUGCCUUUGUUAAUACACAGCUGUGAAAGAAAUGGGAAGCAUGUGGCAGUCGCAGCUCUCCCUGCAGCUGUCCAUCCAGCUCUGCUCCUCUUCCAGGGUUCCAAGGUGGUUCUAGUUUUGGUUAAAACAGUACAUCUGAUUUGAGUGCCUCUUGUUGGGUCCUGGCUCUGCUGUGCUCUCGUGGUGCACUGGCAGCCAAAUCGCUGAAUCCCUUCACUUCUCUGUGGUUGUGUUCUCGCCCUUACCAUAAGGCUAUCAUAUUUACAUCCUGUGUUUGCUUGUGUUUAGAGAAAGCAAGACAAAGAACAGCUGCUACACUAGCAGGCACUCUCUGGGGUUAAUGCUCCAAACUCUUUACUCCUUGCUGUAGGAUAGGACAAGCCCUGGUUUUCCAGUGCUUUUAAAGAUAAAUAUCUAACACAGUUCCAUCUGCUGACUCAGCUCCCUCUGAAAAACAGUUGUGCUCAGCACAGAUGGGAGGUGUUUUCUGUCGCUUGAGUCAAGGGCAGAAAUGCUUCUAGGCAAUUUGGAAAUGGCUGGGUAGGUUUUACCAAGCUAUCCUGCCAACUCUGCUUCCGGCUUGGGAACAAGUGGAGAAAACUUCAGCCCAGACAUCCCAGGGAGGGCCUCAACACUGGGAUUUAGCAUGAGUGUGCCUUCUCCACCUUACCUACACAUGUAGUGUCUGCCCUCCCAGGGCUGGCUCACUCCUGGCAAUGGGAGGACAGGACAAGUGGGAAGGAAGCAAAGGGAGGGAAACCUUGUGUCAGGGCCUUCCCCCCACUUCCAUCAUGCUCUGUGAGUGUCUGAGUUUUUACGUUGAGUGGCUGAGGGGUGAAGUUGGAUGGUGAAGGGCACUGGUUCCCUCCCCUGCUUGGUGGGAAGUGUGGGUCUGUUCAGCUGCUUCACUCCCCAGCCUCACCCCAACCCUCUGCCAGCCAGCGUAAUGUUGACAGAGUGGUACUGUGCUCAGGUAAAACAAAUAGGAGCAGGAACCUGCAAGCUCUAGCAUCCGGGGUCCUUUGGCCAACUCCUCCCUCAGUUCUAGCGCUGCACACACCUCAUGCUCCUUCCUGAGCUCAUCUCUCACACUGGAAUUCAUUGGCAUUCAUAUCUCCAGUCUAGGACCUGUGUGCUGUCUCCCCCUCUCUCUCAUCCAUACCCUGUUUUCAGUAUGCUGCUUUCAAUGCCUUUCUGCCCACCCAGAUGCUUUUCCAGGCAGGGGGGACCCAGUCUGAGCCUGCCGAGCUCUCUCCAGUUCAUUUAAGUUACACAGUUCCGUCUGUGUAAUAUAGUCACUUGACUGUAUCUGUCUUUUCUUUCCUCUCCCUGAGCCAGAAGCCUCAAUCUGCCAACAAAUGGGAUAAUUUUUCAGCUGGUGUUUGGCAACCACCAUUUUUCUCCCUGCCCAACCAAUGCUUUGUUGUAGCAAAUGGAAAAGUUAGUGAUUUGACUUCUGAAUAGGAGGAUAUGCCUCAAAGGAAGCAGGUUCCCUGCAGCAUCAGGAGCCCGGCUCUGCAGCAGCACUGGCCAGAUUUACUGACUGUUACUGGAAUGAUUAGUGGGAUGAUUGUUUGUUGUUAACAGCCCAUCUGUAGUGUUUAAACUUCAUCGGGGAGCUGAAUUUCACAGGCAUUAUCUGGCUGCAGGACAGCCUCAUAUGGUCCACAGAGGGGCUGUGAAAUCCCAGAGGAAAUGAAAUACAACAGGGGGUCUUCCUGUUAUGUCGAUCCAACUGAUCUUUUUGGUUUUUUUGCCUCUGAUAGAAAUCAGCAGCUGGGUUAAUGUUCUCUGGGGCAUUGGAGUGCCUAUUGCUGCUGGCAGAGAGCAUGAGAAAGUGUCUGUCACCAAGGACAGGUGCUGAAGAUGGUGAUUUUCUGCCACACUUGCAUUUUGUCAUCACAGGGAUUUCUUGCCUUGUGCUCUAUUCUGCUUGUUGUCACAGUGGAGGGAUGCUAGGAAGCCAAAGAUAGGUACCGCAGAGGAAGGGGGAGAUGUGAGAAUAGAGAGUUGCAUGAGUGUUUGUGGCAUAGAUAAACAGGCAGAGAAGAUGUACAGCACCACAGCCCUUUCUAUCUUAAUUCAAGGUGGUUUUAUCAAACUGAUGCAGCAUUUCUCAGAGAACCUGGAUCACUUCUCCGACAACAUGGAGGAUUUCUCCAACGACCUCUUCAGCAGUUUCUUUGAUGACCCAGUACUGGCUGAGAAGAACCCACUGCUGGAUAUGGACCUGGAUCCACCCACUCCAGGCAUCCAGGCAGAGCACAGCUACUCCCUCAGUGGAGACUCUGCUCCCCAGAGCCCCCUCGUGCCUGUCAAGACCGAAGAUAAUGCUAAUGAGCUGGAGAAUGGAGUGUGGUCGCUGGGGCCCAAGCUCUGCUCCAUCAUGGUGAAACAGGAACAGAACCUGGCUCUAGACCUGCCUGAGUCCCAGCUAGCUGCCAGCUCCAUACCAGCGCUGAACCUCAACCCUCUGCAGAGACUGCCAGUGCCCGAGGAGACUCCCAUAGAAAUGACUCCAGCACCUGUGAUCAAAGCUGAACCCAAAGAGGUGAACCAGUUUAUAAAUGUACCUACAGUAGAUGACCUGGUGCAGAUGCCUCCAACUCCUCCCAGCAGCCAUGGCAGUGACAGCGAUGGAUCUCAGAGCCCGCGGUCCCUGCCUCCCUCCAGCCCAGCCCGACCUGCUGCUCGCUCUUCUACUGCCAUCUCCUCCUCACCUCUCCUCACAGCACCACAUAAGUUACAAGGGACCUCUGGCCCACUUCUCUUGACUGAAGAGGAGAAACGCACCUUGAUUGCUGAGGGCUACCCCAUUCCUACCAAGCUGCCCCUCACCAAAGCAGAGGAGAAAGCACUGAAGAGGGUCAGGAGGAAAAUCAAGAACAAGAUCUCUGCUCAGGAGAGUCGCAGGAAGAAGAAAGAGUAUGUGGAGUGUCUAGAGAAAAAGGUUGAGACAUACACCACAGAAAACAAUGAACUCUGGAAAAAAGUGGAGACCUUGGAAAACGCAAACAGGACUCUGCUCCAGCAGUUACAGAAGCUGCAGGCUCUGGUAGCUGGGAAAGUCUCCAGACCCUACAAAAUGGCUUCCACACAGACUGGGACCUGUCUGAUGGUGCUGGCACUCUGCUUCGUUCUGAUCCUGGGAUCCCUGAUGCCCUGUCUCCCCGAGUUCUCUUCAACAUCACAGACAGUGAAAGCAACACCAGCACCAGACAUUUACACAACUAGUAAGAUUCAGUCACGGAGCCUCCUCUUCUAUGAUGAGGGUGCUGGCUCCUUAGAAGAGAGCUAUAGCUCCUUCCUAACAGUGGACCAUCCUGAGGGGUGGGAGCCUGAAAAGGGGCAGUCUGAGGAGGGAAGACCUCAUCUGGCCAGGACACAUGAGGCAGCCAAAUACCUGAGCAAAUCCCACCUGGAGAAUCCUGACCAGAACAUAACUGACCCAACUCUCACCCACCUCAAAGAGCAACUCCAUGAGAGGGAGACAAGCACCAGUGAGACAGCUGAAUACUUGUAGCAGCUGCUGGACCUCAAGGCCUCAUCUGUCUGACUGCAGGAUUCCCUCCUCACUAAGCAACUGAGGGGAUCUGGCAGGAGAGGACACUGCAUUCAGACACUCCUAAACUGGCCUUGGGUUCAGCUCCUCCCCUUUCCCAUGCCCCCUCUUAGUACUGAUCUCUCUGAGGGGAGUCACAGGACUGCCAGAACCAGCAAUAAACGUCUGGUGAAGCCCUGGGACACCCUCUUCUCCUGGCCUUACCUCCUGAUUAGAUGAGCACUACCCUAUGGAUGUGGGCUCACCUUGGAGUGGAGGGAGAUCAGAGGAAGCCCUCAAACUGUUCAGCUCACUCCCCAAAGCCUCCAGACCAAGGGGGCUGUCCCCAGGUACAUACCCCUUGGCUACAUCAGAUGCACGUGAAGGAAAGAGAGAGAAUGCUGGAUUGACUGGCCUGCCUGGGGGGCUUAGGAGUGGGUGAUGCUGGUGCUGAAGAGAUGGCUCUGGAGAGUUUGAGCUCAUUCCUUCCCCUCCAUCUGUUAGUAUACUUCUGCUUCUAUUGAGAGAAAACCUAGAUCUUCCUUUGCUCUAGUUUUCUCUUGAUGGACAUGCCAAUAUAACUUCCACACCAACUAUCUGCAAAGAUCUGCACACAAACGGAGUGGGGGAGACAGAUCCCAGACAUAAACCACCAUAAAAAUCAGUCAGCAGCUUCUGGGCACCCAGAGCUCUGAAAUAGAAAACAAUUUCCCCCCACAGCCCACUUCUUCCCAUGCUCAGCACCCUUGCUUUGGCAAGGGUGGUGUUUCCCUUUCUGUUCCCACCUUGGGCCCUACAGUGCAGUGCUAACCAGGUCAGUGGCCUUUCCACUUUCCAUUCUGCAGGCCUCAUCCUUUGAGACUAGGUGAGAGAACCUGAUCCCCAUCCCACUUCUCUAUCCCCAAUUCCGCUUCAUGCCAAAUGGGGUCUUUCUAGGAACUUCCAAGGAGAGCUCUGAAGACCAUUGGAGGGGUGUUGGAUAACCAUUGUUCCCCUCACAUCCUCCAUGUGCACAGCAGUGUUGUGAAAGCCACUGAGGACCUACUGGUAUCUCUGGUGACAGGUACAUCUGUCAGGAAAGAGGUGGCACAUUGGAAUUGGCCAGGGUUACCAAAGACUGUUUUAGACCUCUUUUAAGUGCUGGCACCAAAGUUAGCAAACUCUUCCCAUUCCACCCUUCGGGCCAGACCUGCCAAAUUUGGUGCUGAAAUGACCUCAUCUCAAGCCUAUGCCAUCCUCUUUAGCACCCAGACACCCACUUCUGACCCUUUUUCUUCCCCAGCAAAAGCCCUGCUGAAAGGCUCCAGUGUCUCCUCACUCUGUUCCCUCAGCUGCCAUUUGAUGGAAGGACAAUGUGGGACAUGAGUGUGGGAGAUCUGGGAUGUGGCUGCUUGCCCCGUGUUUGUACCUGUGCACUCUGGCAGGUCUCACAGCAGGUUCCUCUUUGGCUUCUCUUCUGGACUCACUCUGCACUGCCCCAACCUCUCCUCACCCCCCAGGCUGUGAGUGGAGAGGGCUCCCUGGAGAAGAAGGAUGGGAUGGUUCUUGCUCAAGGACUGGGAGAAGCAAGGGAGGAGCCCUCACAUCCCUCUUUUCUCCCUUUUAAAACCUAUUUUGCUCCCUGAAGCCAUUCAGGACAAAUUUGGACACAGCUAACUGCAACCAAUGCGUGGCCAGUGGGUUGAGGAAGAGGAAGGCCUUCAGCAUAGCCCUGCUCUUUCUGAGGUUCCCACAGGACCCGCAGGUCAGCAGAUACCACUGCACUCCCCAUCCUUCAUCCCAGCACAAAGAACCACUGCCGGGUCCAAGCACGCCCUCCUCCACCCUGCCACCUCCACUGAGCAUGUUCCCGUGCCUCCCACUCCCACGUUGUACAGAGACAAGAGCAGAACUCGUUUGUACAUAAUGAACCUUAUUUUGUAUUAUUGCCGAUCCCUUAAGAUAUUGUAUUUUGGAGACUCUCAGAUCCUAUUUUCAGUAUUGUAUUUUAUUAAGAAUUAGUGCGGGCUUGGCAUCUAUGAACUUCUUCCUUGUUAGCAGCUCACUUUCUCCUUAUACUCCAGCAGCUGCCUCUUCCCUCCUGGUUUUUGUUCUUUUUGUUCUGGUUUGGUCUUUUCUCAAGCCACCUUUUCCUCUCCUCCUAUCCCUGGCUCUGCAUUUGCUUAGUGAAGCAAAAUGAAAAAGAAAAUAAAAAGAUGCAGCAUCA